CCUCCCUGACCCAACCCGUCUGUCUUCCUCAGCUCAACCUCAAAGCUCAGUCUCCCAAACCCAGUCAAUUUAACACUCAAAUUAACGAGAACUUAACUCACUUACAACUUUGCAUGCGUUUUUAUUAGUGAGCUUGAACAUUGAAUGCCUCAUGUUGUUAUUUUCGGAGAAGAGGAGGAGGAGGGAGGUGUCGUUUGAUUUGUGAACCGUGAUCCAGCAGCUGCACAGGAGCGAGCGGCGCCAAGUGGUGCGUCCGAGGGAAGGUGAGGAUGCUGCCGGGUUGAACCCGCACAGAGGCAGGCGGACAUGUGCUCAUGGAGCUACUGAAAGCACAUGGGGUUUGAACUAUCUCUGAAGUCUGGCCGGGAAAACAAGAAGGAUCGAAAGGAUAAAGCAAAAAGAGGAAACUGGAGGCUGUUGGUCUGGAGCUGGGACACAUCUGGGGGGAGUAACAGAGGGUGUAUGUUGCCUCUCGCUGUAGCUUCUCCGCCACUACCAUGAGUUGGAGUUUCCUGACUCGUCUGCUGGAAGAAAUCCACAACCACUCUACGUUUGUGGGCAAGAUCUGGCUCACUGUCCUCAUUGUUUUCCGCAUCGUGUUGACGGCCGUGGGAGGCGAGUCCAUCUACUACGAUGAGCAGAGCAAGUUCGUCUGCAACUCAGGCCAGCCGGGCUGCGAGAACGUCUGCUACGACGCCUUCGCUCCACUCUCUCACGUCCGCUUCUGGGUUUUCCAGAUCAUCCUGGUGGCCACACCUUCGCUCAUGUACCUGGGCUACGCUGUCAACAAAAUUGCCCACGCAGAGGACCAGGCGGAAAGCGGGGGAGUGAGGGGAUUUUCACGGAGGAAACCCAAGAAGCACUAUCUCGCAGGCAGAAAGCAGCACAGGGGGAUCGAAGAGGCUGAGGACAACCAAGAGGAAGACCCAAUGAUCUAUGAAAUGGCUGAGGUGGAGAGUGAUGGUGGUGGAGCCGCGAAAGGAAACAGCGGUGAUGGAAAAGCAAAGGUCAAGGUGCGCCAUGAUGGGCGCCAGCGUAUCAGAGAGGAUGGACUCAUGAGGAUUUACGUCCUUCAGCUGUUGGCCCGCACCCUCCUGGAGGUGGCUUUCUUGUGUGGGCAGUAUCUCCUGUAUGGGUUUGCUGUGCCGGCUACCUACGUAUGCUCCGACCUGCCCUGCCCUCACAGCGUGGACUGCUUUGUGUCAAGGCCCACUGAGAAAACCAUCUUCCUCCUCAUCAUGUACACGGUCUCCCUGCUUUGCCUGGCACUCAAUAUAUGGGAGAUGCUUCACCUCGGCAUAGGUACCAUCUGUGAGAUUGUGCGCUCCCGCCGGGUUCGGCUCCCAGACGAAGAGCUGUACGGCCUGACACGGGCACAAGGAGCUCCUAACGAGGCAGGAUUGAGCGAGGAGGAUUACAGCAGCUACCCCUUUUCUUGGACCGCACCAUCAGCACCACCUGGGUACAACAUCGCCAUCAAACCUCCUCUGGUUUCUACAGGGCACAACGAGAAACCACUACCCAUCACUGAUCUCACUAAUACCAGAAUGGCAUGCCGGCAGAACCACGUGAACAUCGCCCAAGAGGAGCGCCAGCAGUACACCAAUAAUGAUGAAAACCUGUGCAGAGCAGGGACGGGAGAUGACCCAAGAGGUGUUCAUAAGGACACCCACCAGCCUCAGAACAGGCUGGAGGCGGACAAUCAGGACUACAGCCAGCCACAGAGCCACGGUAACAACCACAGCAGGCCUCACCGUGAACGUAAACACCGCCAGGCCUCCAAACACGCCUCCAGCAAGGUAGACAUAGACAGAAGCAGCAGGAGCACUAGUAGUAGCAGCAAAUAUGGAGACAUAAAGGGAUCUGAGUGGAUCUGAAAUACAGACUGUGACUUUUAAACAAUGCAAGUCAUUCUCAAACACACACACAGCGUUUAUGUUUUUGUGUCCAUACUAUGCAUAAAACAUGGACAGUAGAUUUUGCUCCUAAAAUGUCAAUGACAACUUGGAAGAAAACCAUUGAAGAUAAUGUAAAGACUGACAAAUCUGGAUAAGUGUUUGUUGUUGCUGUAUUCAACAUUCAAUCGCAGUGGAGUAAAAGUAAUGACUAGAUUUUGGUUAAAUAGUUUUUGCAGAAAGAAGUCGGUGCUGUCGUUAAUUCCUUAAGGCUUCCAGGCUGUAACCUAAGGUGCCUUACUUAAACAAAGUGCGAAGUACAACUGUUGAAUAUGUUUGUUUUUUAACAAAAUGGACUGAAAACAGGAGCCAGUUCCUGCUGUCUGCCUGUCUCGUUACAUCCAGGGGUUAAGCAUUGAACCGUAGUGUUUCUGAAUAUGCAAAAUUGUAUUCAUAUUUUCACCAAACCUGGCUUGAUGUGGAUUUGUCAGGCAUGAAGAAAAAGAAAAACAAGAGGGUGUGUUUUCAGUUAGUAAGUUGACAGUGUUUGUGUGUCGUUUGUUUUCAUGACAGAAAAGAAGUUCUCAUUAAUGUUUGGACGGAUUUCAAAUGUAUCGGUCAAUGGAAAGUUUCCUGACGUUUAAACUGUGUUAAAAUGACAAUUUCUGACAUUUUUGUUUGUAGUUUGUUAGUUUGUGUAGUUUACUGAACAAAACCAGUGCAUCUGUUAAAAUUGAAAAGCCUCCCUCUGCACUGUGCCAGUGUUUUUUGUCAAAAAUAUUUUUAUAAACAAAAAGUUGCAUGUUUUGAAUAAAGUA